UCGUUUUUCUUGAAAAAUGAAACCCAAGUGGCUUGGUUAUGAACAGCAUCAGGUUCUUUGUGAUUUGAGCUACCUUUGUUGGUGGAUUUCCUGGUUCAAGUUAAUUGUUUAGCUUUUCUGUAGCUGGAAAAACACACAGUCAUUGUUGACACAGGUAUUUGUGUGUGAAUGUGUUGUGCUUCUGUGCCCAGGAAAAUGAUUUCAGUGACAGGACAACUGACUCAAGCAAAAAAGUCCAUAUUUUUCUAAUAUUUUAAGAAAAAUAGUUUACCCUUGCUUUAAAAGGGGGAACAGUUCUGCUGCCUCUGAUGCUCCUUUACAAGAAAGGAGCUGGGGGAAAUUGGUCCAGUCCCUGGUGGGUAACUGUUUGCUUUCACAAAGAGGCUUACAGCUAGAAGGUCCCCAUUCAUCUGUUAACAAAGUUAAGUGCCAGCCCCCAAAAUAGCUUAACGGUGCUGAAAGAAUGAGACAGCAAAAGAGGAGAGGUGAUCCUGGUUGGACUAGGACCCCCUGUGACAACCAGAACUGUUAGCGUCGAGUCUUUCUGUUGCGUAUCUGUGUUCAUGCAGUGCCUCCUGUAAUGAGGCCCUGAUCAUGACUUGUGCUUCUUGACCCUGCUAUAAUAUAAUAUUCAAAGAGAAAAUGUCGUGUUGAGGCAUUUGCUGUAAUUUAUUUCUGCCAUUGUUCUGCCACACCAUGGUUUGCAGAAAGGCUUUAUGAAAACGAAUGCGUGGUUAUUGAAAGGAAUUGGUAGCUUGAACUGCUGUUUUUUUUCUCUAAUGACCAGCGGUCCUUAUUCCAGUGAUGUUUGUUGUGCCUGCUCUGCUUUGCAGGCUGGUGGAAAAGGUGUUUUUGUCUCCACUAUAAUUUUAUGUGCUGCCAAACUAGCACAAAUGGCAGAAUAGUUGGCAUGAGCACCAAAACUGAGCCAUACAAAAUUGAAAUGAUGGCCACUCAGCUGAAUUUCCUACUUCUGAAACACUUAUUAGAAAACGAAAGGUGUAUCGCCCUGCUGUAUGUGAAAGAUGUGUGUUGUCUUGCAAUUUAGAAGGUACUUUCCUUUUUAAAACUAAUUUUUCAUGUACUUGGGAAAUGGUAAAUUAAGACUGAAAGUUGGAGCCCUAAAGAUAGGGAAACUGUAAAUAACUGUUAAUCCAGUUGUAACCAAAUAAGUGGAUGAAACUUGCACACUGGCAGCUGCUUUUGCAUGGAGAAAUGGAUGGGAAUGACUUACAGAAUAUGCUGGAGUCCUGUCUAACCACAAAGUAAGAAACAAGAAACUAUUGAUUGAGAAUUGGCAAUUGCUAAAUAACAAGAGCAAAGUUACUUUGUUUUCAAAGUGCUCAGUACUGCAUAUGAAUAUAUGAAAAUAAUCCCCCAAGGCAAUUAACUUUCAGGGUAAAGCUAUCAAGUGUACAAGCUUCAGAACUAUUUGAUAUAAUCUGUUAUAUAAAUGGAAGAUAAUCUCUUGCGGCUUAAAAAAAAGUUAAAUCUAGAAGGCCUGUUAUCUAAGUUGUUUAUUACAAAUGAAGAAAUAGUACAACAAACCCUCAUUAUCUACAGUUGCGGGUAUAAGGGAAUUGACUUGAACUUAUAUUUCAGAGUAAAUUAGUAGCAUUCUUGUGUGGACCCAGUUCUGAAGUCAAUUUGUUCUGUGUUAAUUGCUACGCUCCAAAAAAUCUCUGUUCCGGAGCUAUAACCGCUGACAAGAGUCAGUGUCUGUGUGACUAGAUUAAACACUUCAGGACUGUUCUGUAAAGUAAGCCUCUGAUCGGCUAAUGUUCCCACUAUCCUUUGGGACUCCUUUGGGUCAGUUAUAGUGAGACAGAAAACCAUGUUUUGAGUACUUGGACAGUAGGUUCAUGAAAUAAUGUAAAUAAACCUAUUGUCUGAACUGUUUUGAGUGAGUCAUAUCAACACUUAUUAGAUACAAAUUUGUCGUAGCUUAUAAAAGUAAAGACAAAGCCAAAAUAGCUUUUUAAGCCAAUUGUAUCCUGCAGUGCAAUUGUCUUUCUCGGCAGCUGUUACCCAGGAAUACUUUGUUCCAAAAGCAUUGUCAUUUCAUAAUUAGUCUCGCACAGUAAAGCAAUCAGGUGACUACUUCUUGGGAGUAUAAUUAAGUGGCUUGUGAUGAAAACUAAGGAUAAGCAAACUUGGCAUGAAUCAGAGGCGCUAUAAACAACUGAUAAGAGCAAGUUCUCCCUGCAAGUGCUUUGUGUACGCAGCAUGGCUGUUGUGCACUGCUUUACAAUAAACCUGCAUCCUUGAUUUCAAACAUUAUGUCUCUUUGUUUCAGGCUGACCUAAACUGAGUUUUUUCCGAACAUCAUGGGAGAGAUUAAAGUCUCUCCUGACUAUAACUGGUUCAGAAGUACGGUUCCCCUUAAAAAGAUAAUAGUGGAUGAUGAUGACAGUAAAGUCUGGUCACUUUAUGACGCAGGACCUAGGAGCAUUCGGUGCCCGCUCAUAUUUCUUCCUCCUGUAAGUGGAACUGCAGAUGUAUUUUUCCAGCAGAUUUUGGCCCUGACUGGAUGGGGUUACAGAGUUAUCGCUUUGCAGUAUCCAGUGUAUUGGGAUCACCUUGAGUUCUGUGAUGGAUUCAGAAAACUGUUAGAUCACCUUCAGCUGGAUAAAGUUCACCUUUUCGGAGCUUCUCUGGGGGGCUUUUUGGCUCAAAAAUUUGCUGAAUACACACACAAAUCUCCCAGAGUUCAAUCUCUAAUCCUGUGUAACGCCUUUAGUGACACUUCUAUCUUCAAUCAGACAUGGACAGCAAACAGCUUUUGGCUGAUGCCUGCUUUUAUGCUGAAAAAAAUUGUCCUUGGGAAUUUUGCAUCUGGUCCAGUAGAUCCUGAAAUGGCUGAUGGGAUUGAUUUCAUGGUGGACAGGCUGGAGAGCCUGGGCCAGAGCGAGCUAGCUUCAAGACUUACACUCAACUGCCAGAACUCCUAUGUAGAACCUCAUAAAAUUCGAGACAUUCCUGUAACUAUUAUGGAUGUGUUUGACCAGAGCGCGCUUUCGACUGAAGCAAAAGAAGAAAUGUAUAAGCUUUAUCCUAAUGCCAGAAGAGCUCAUCUCAAAACAGGAGGCAACUUCCCGUAUCUCUGCAGGAGUGCUGAGGUCAACCUGUAUAUUCAAAUCCAUUUACUGCAGUUCCAUGGUACCCGGUAUGCAGCCAUUGAUCCCUCUAUGGUUAGUGCAGAAGAACUGGAAGUCCAAAAGAUCAGUCUUCAUACUAGCAGUGAGCAAGAAGAACAGUAGAUUUUUGACUAUCAGUGAAAAUGAUGAAUCAAUUUGGUCUUCCUGUGUACAAUCAAUUGUUCCCACUCUGCCUUUUUCCUUAUGUUAGCCGAUUAGCACUGUGUGAUUCCAGCAGGAUCAAUGGUCAGUGAACUACCCGAGGACAAUAAACCUACAACAGUGUAAUGGGAUUUCUUUGUUUAAUUUUUAGUCUUUGGAUUCAAGGAAGUAUCUUUGAAGACUAGUUUUAAAAACAAAGACAUUUUUGCUACCAAAGUCUUCACCUUCGUGUUCUAAAACAGAGCAGUAUUUCUUUUUAUAUUUUCAUUCAGCUGUAUAUAGUGCCACAUGCAGUUUAUGUACUUAUAAGCUGACAUAUUUUUGUUGGACAGCGGUUGAAAAGAUGUUUAAGUGCCAAUGUUGCCAUGACUUAUUUGCUUCAUAUGUUCUGUUGAAAAUUACUUUCUAUUUGAAAUACAGCAUUUGAAUUUUUAACUUUCUUGCUAGCUGUUAAAAAUGGUUUUCAAUAAAACUUCACUUUCAA